AAAAUGUUGAGCAGCUGCUUGGGAACCCUAAUUUCUUGUCGGUGGUGUCGUCUUGGAAAAGCUGAUCUAUGUUUCCUUUGUCAUCUUCACAGACCGAACAUGCACCCCACUGACACAUAUUAAAGCUUUGAACUUUGAAGCUCCCAACGAACCUCUACUCAAUUUCUAGCAGGUGUUUGCUUAAGUGUUAUAUUUUAACAUUUCACAUUUUCGCUGUUCAUUAAGGAGUGCAACUUGCAUUGCAUGCACAUGUUAGCGAAAGCUCAUAAUAAAGGGGAUGGUUCUAAGUCCCUGUCCAAGAUACUGGCAGGAUGGAAAGAAUAUAAUGCAAAGCUUGAUUCCUGCAAUGAUGGGGAUAAGCCGAUUCGAAAAGUUCCUGCAAAGGGAUCUAAGAAGGGGUGUAUGAAAGGCAAAGGAGGGCCUGAGAACUCGAGGUGUAACUACAGAGGUGUUAGGCAAAGGACUUGGGGAAAGUGGGUUGCUGAAAUUAGGGAGCCAAACAGAGGGAAUAGGCUAUGGCUUGGUACUUUCUCCACUGCCAUUGGUGCUGCUCUUGCAUAUGAUGAAGCUGCAAGGGCAAUGUAUGGUUCUUCUGCCCGCCUCAACUUUCCCAAUGUUUCAGUUUCCAGUUUCUCUGAGGAAUCUUCAAAAGAUUCUCCGGUUGCAAAUCAAUCUGGUUCCUCAAUGGCUGUAUCAGCAAAUACCGAGUUGAUCAUGUCACCAAAUAACUCUGUGAUAGGCACAGAAGGGGAUGUUGAUAUGAAACCCAUUUCCUUAUCCUUAUGUGUAAAACAUGAGAAUGGGGAUGGGGAAUCAGGGAUCAAUUCCUCCCCUCCUUCAUCCACAUGAUGUACAUUAUGGAUACUCUGAUUUGGAUAUUGCAUUUUUAGCCCUGGUACUUGCUAAUGAUUAGCUUAGGGUUAAUGAAUCUUGAUGUAUGGUCCUGGAGAUUAGCUGUUGUAAAAACUGAAAUGAACUUGGUUGCAAAGUGGUCAUUUCUUCUGGUUUUGGCCUAAUGCACACUGGAUAUGAUAUCCAGUCAAGUUUUAACUCAUAAGAUGUGAAUUAUAUUUUACUUUGAAUGAUGGAAGAUGACUCUUACCCCCCAUUCCCUAAUUUGUUCUUUUCUCUAUUUCACACUGCAUAAUGUUGUGUGAUUUCUCCUGCUAAAAUUAUUAGACCCACUGAAUGUGUGAAUGUGGUUCAUU